AGAGUUUCAGUCAGUCCCAGCAGGUUCAGAUGGGCAUCCAGUGUUCGAGAGCUUCUCGUGGCCUCUGUCCUGCAGCACAGCGUGAACACCAGCCUGCUGACUGAGAAGUGUCUCCUCUUCGAACCCUGAGCCUGGUGCUGUUCUGUGUCCUGGUGUGUCUCGCUCUUGCUGUCGGCCGCAGGGUCCGGCCAGCCUGAUGGCUCAGCCUCUGCUCUGGUCUCCCCUGCUGGUCCUCCUCAUGUCCGGAGCGUCGGCACAGGACAGCCCCCGGGUCGUCUCUCCGCAGAACUGCACGCUGGACUGUGUCAUCCAGGGGGAGCCGACCUGUGAGUUCUGCCGGGUCAGCAGAGAGGAGCUGGAGCUGCAGCUGGGGGUCAGCCUGCCCGGGAUAUUUGGGAGCUGUGUUCCUCUGCCCUGUCACUCACUCCUGGGGCUGCACUCUCCCGCUGCCUGCCAGCACUACGUACACGCCCCCCACAACAUCACCGUGGAGUUCAUGCCCGACCGAGACCCCGCGCAAGACAUCGUCACCGUCUCCUGGAUGCCCAGCCAAUACGGGAUUGCCUUCCUCCGUGGGUUCCAAGUCUCCAUUCGGACCCUGGGCGGGGCACUAGUGGGCUGCCAGCUCUUCCUUUUCCAGCGCAAUCUCUCUCUGGAGGUCACGGACACCCAAAGGCAGUGUGUGUGUGAAGGUCUGAUGGUCAUGCAGGUUUAUCGGUCGGACCCGUUCCCAAACCUGGGCCUGCGAUCUCAGUACAUCGUGACAGUGAUGGCGCUGCCCGUGCCAGAGCAGUGGGACAACUUCCACCACAGCCAGAUCUUCAGCACCCGCACGUGCGCUGAGAAGAUUGGAUUAGAGCAGUGCCACAGGGACUGGUACCCCAGAGACAUCACAGUAACCCAAGAGGGCAAUGACAUCAUCGUGACCUUUAACCUGGCUCCCCCCAGCCUGGGCAUCAACCGCUACUUCUCCUGGUGCUCCAGAGGCGGGACGAGGAACUACACAGAGAUUGAGGUGAACUCCUUGGAGAACCAGACACACCACAGCUUCCAUCUGAGGGGCCUGGACCCAGGGGCCAAGUACUCGUGUGAGAUGGCUGCAGACAUGUCAGACGCCGUUCGGAAACGUUUUGCCUUCCAGGUUGGACACGUUCAACAAGAGUCCUCCCCUGCCACCCCCAGCUCGGAGUCCCUCUUCCUGGUGCUGCUGCCCGUUUCCGCGGUGAUUGCCCUGACCGGGAGCCUGGUGGUGCUCAUCGACAGGCGGACGAGGAAGAGGAGGGUGAGGAAGAAAGCAGGUGUGCUGGCGGAGUGUGUCGGGAGUGAUCGAGCCGGCGGGAUCACUCCCAGCCCCCUGCCCUGUCCACGCUGCCCCCCACAGCUCCUCAUGUGCUACUCCAGCGCUGACGGCCCCGCCCACAUCAACGCUGUCGUGCGAUUGGCUGCCUUCCUUCAGCAGCACAUGGCCAUUCAGGUGCACCUGGACCUCUGGGAGUCCCUGCGCCUGGCCGAGGAGGGCGUGAUGAGCUGGCACUGCCGGGGCGUGCAGGAAAGCGACUUCGUGCUGGUGGUGUGCUCCCAGGGGCUCGGCCAGCUCCUGCAGGGGCGCGAGGAGGAGGAGGAGGAGGAGGAGGGAGUGUGGAAAGGGGACGUGUCGACUGCGGUCGUGUCUUUAAUCGGAGAGGAGAUCGGGCGCGCCAGCCUGCGAGGGCAGAGCCUGUCCAAGUACAUCAGCGCCACCUUCGAGCAUUCCCGGGAAUUGGACAUCCCGGGCGUCCUCAGGCUAGCUUCCCACUACCUCCUCCCGAGAGACCUGCCCCUGCUCUUCUCCCACCUGCACGGCGUGGAGCUCUGCGGCCCUGGCCAGCGGCUGCACGUGCAGCACGUCUCGGAAGAGGGGUACCUCACAGUGCCCGCUGGGGCCGCGCUGUGCCAGGCCAUCGCUGAGGCUGGGGGGGUGCAGGCGGCGGCGGGACACACCCCGGACAGGAGGCUCUAGCUCUGCACUGCACAGGCAGCAUCAGGGAGGCAGCCUGCAGGACCUGGCUAGACUUCUCCAGGACAGAAACCCACAAAGAACAUCUUCCCAACGCCAGAAACAACCCAACUGGUUUCUACAAAACCAAACCAGCUCUCUGUGAACAGCUCAGGAUCUCCAAGAGCACUGUGCUCAGCCUGGUGCCACAAUCCCCAGGAGCAGAGCUCUGAGUAUUGCACCAGCUGGGAGAAACACUACAGUAUCCAAGAGACGGAGGGAUACCCUGUUAGGAGGAAGAAGUAAAGGUUGAUUCCA